GGACAUUUAAAUGGCCACACGGUCCGACGGCAGCUCGGGAAUAAACGCCGUUAUUACGGUGAUAUUCGGUGAAACAGCUGCGCGGACACCGGCUGAGUUUACCGCCGGAGUCUCCUUUUUUAACCCUAAACCCAAAUUUUAACCGUUAAGUUUGUUCGUAGCGCCGAAAACAAUGAGCGAAGAGGACGAGUCGGUGCAGAGAGCCCGAGCCGGGUUUGAGGAUCUCUGUCGGGCUUUAAAUAUGGACGAAGAGGCGAGCAGCGAGGCGUGGAAGACCUACGAAAACAUCAGCAGGAACUUCACAUUAGAGGGCAGCGAGCUGCACUGGCUGGCCUGCGCUCUGUACGUGGCCUGCAGGUCGUCGGUGCCGACGGUGGGAAAAGGCACCGCCGAGGGGAACUACGUGUCUCUGACCAGAAUCCUGCGCUGCUCAGAGAUGAGCCUGAUAGAGUUUUUUAAUAAGAUGAAGAAGUGGCAGGACAUGGCCAACCUGCCGCAGGACUUCCGUCAGAGCACCGACAAGCUGGAGAGAAACUUCACCGUGUCGGCGGUCAUCUUUAAGAAGUACGUUCCCAUCUUCAAAGCCAUCUUCAAGGCGCCGUCAGAGGAGCCGCCCCGAGUUCACCGCAGCCGCAAACAGAGACGCCACCCCUGCACCGUGACCGAGGUCUUCAACUUCUGCUGGGUUUUAUUUGUCCACGCCAAAGGGAAUUUCCCCAUGAUCAGCGACGACCUGGUGAACUCGUAUCACCUGCUGCUGUGUGCCCUCGACCUCGUCUUCACCAACGCUCUGCUGUGUAACGCCAGGAAGGACCUGCUCAACCCCGACUUCAGAGGUCUACCGGAGGACUUCGGCAGUAAGGACUUCAGGCCGUCCCCGGGGCCGUACUGCUUCAUGGAGCAGCUGUGUGAGCUGCAUGACGGCCUGGUGCUGGAGGCCAAAGGAGUCAAAGAGCACUUCUGGAAACCUUUCGUCAAGAAGCUCUUCCACAAGAGGAUAAUCAGAGGAAAAGAGGACAGUCUGACCGGCUUUCUGGAUCCCAUGAACUUUGGAGACAGUUUUUUGUCGCUGACUCGGGUGUAUGAGGAACAUGUUCUGGCCACCGGCAGUCUGGAUGAGAGGAUUUUCACCGGCGAGGCGGCGAGCGAGGACAUCGGCACCCCGGGGCCCUGCCUGUGUGAGGGGGUGGAGAACCAGGACGGCGCCACCUACAGGCUGCACAGCGACCUCACUGCCUCGGCCCUGAAGGUGUCCACUCCUCUGACGGGGAGGAAGUACGUUCAGGAGAACAGCUUGGCGUCUCCGGUGUCAUCAGCCAUGAAGAGUGUCGGGCGUCUCCACACGCUGCUGUCAGGAACCAAACAGGGGCCGAGUGCCAAACUCACGGAGACUCUCAGGGCCUGCGCCAGAGACCCCAGCGAUGUCAUCAGACAGCGCCUGAAGGACAUGUUCGAGCUCCUCUGUCAACAUUACGAGGGCAGCGGGGCCGAGACCAGGGGCAUGGGGAAAGACAUGGCAGUGAAGUACUUCCACCUGGCGGAGGCGCUCUACUACAGGAUCCUGGAGUCCAUCAUUGAGAGAGAGAAGAUGAUCCUGGGAGACGCUGACCUGUCGUGUAUUCUGGAGCAGGACGUCUUCCAUCGCUCCCUGCUGGCCUGCUGCCUGGAGAUCGUCGUCUUCUCCUACAGACCUCCAGGAGAUUUCCCAAACCUGAUCUCCAUCUUCCAGCUCCCCGCCUAUCACUUCUACAAG